AUGGCACAAAAGAUAUUGCAAACAGGCCUUUCGGCGGGCAUGUCAGCCGUCUCUGGCUUCCAUUCGUCGAAACCUCAUAAGAUCUCCGAAGACUAUGAUGGCCUCCAGCAUGUAUUGCCCGACAGCUUCAAGCCGUCUCUGGAAAGCCGCUACACUUUACGCGGCCGCAAUGGACAAGAUGUUCAUGUCCCGCUGAUAUCCUGGGGAGCUUGGUCGUGGGGUGACACCAGCACGUUUCACUGGUCUGACGAUGAAUUACCAGCUUUGCGCCAAGCAUGGCAGAGAUGCAUCGAGACGGGCAUGACAUUCGUCGACACCGCUCAAGUCUACGGAAGUGGAAAGAGCGAGGAAAUUCUAGGUGAUUUGAUCAACAACCACAGCUCUGGAAUUGACCGCUCGAAGAUAUUUGUCCAGACGAAGUGGUUGCCAAAUGUCACUGAUCAGGCGACAAAUGCUCUUCACCCCGUCGAUGCACCAGUCAAAGAACUCCGAAACACCCUAGAUCGCAUGAGACUACAGUACGUGGACAGCUACAUGGUCCACGGCCCAAUCCACCUCAGCUCCAUCAAACAAGUCGCUAAGGGUCUAGCGAAAUGUGUCGAAGACGGGAUGACCAAAGCAGUUGGUGUAGCAAACUACUCAGUCGACGACAUGUUGAAGAUGAAAGAAGCCCUAGCCGAGUACGGCAUCCCACUAGCCACGAAUCAAUGCGAAUUCUCGAUCUUACGCCGCCUACCAGAAACGGAAGGUAUGCUCGAAGCAUGCAGGAAGAACGACAUUGUUUUCCAGGCAUAUUCCUCCAUCGCUCAGGGCCGUCUCUCAGGUAAAUACGAUAUUGACAACCCUCCGCCAAAGGAGUACCGAUUCAGUAGCUACGACAUGAAACAUGUUCAGCCUGCGAUCGAUGAAUUGAGGCUCUUGGGCCAGAAGUACGGUGUUAGUGCGGCAUCUGUAGCGAUCAACUGGGUUAUUUGCAAGGGCGCGCUGCCUGUUGUAGGUAUGAGGAAGGAGAGUCAAGCGCAGGAGGACAUAGCGGCGUUGGGAUGGAGGUUGACGAACGAGGAGAUUGCCAAGUUGGAUAGUCUUGGGUUUGAGGGUAAGACGACGAAGUUGUGGCAGCAGGGCUGA